UGCGGAGCGGGAGCUCCUCAUUGCAGCACCGAGACCGCGGGGGCUGCGUUCCAUGUGUGCGCCUGACGCAGAGCGGGAUGUCACGGCACCUUCCAGGGCUGGCUUGAGAAAGACCACGAAGCUGCUGCCACAACAAUAACUUGGGUGACCUGUUUACAGGGGAGUCUUUUACGGUGGCAGCCGGUUUCCUGACCUGCAUUCCUUGGUUUUGAGAAGGAUGUGUAGCUUGUGCGGUCUAAAUGUUGCGUCGGUUUUUAACAAAAUCAGAAUGAAUUUCUUCUCAUGGUUUAGCUACUUGCUAUAUGCAGUGAGCUGUCAUGGAACUCUGCUCCAGUCUGUGUUGUGUGUCAGUCAUUACAGAAAGCAGAUGAGUAGUUUGGGUUUUUUUAACCUGCUGGGGGAAGACCUUCCUCCUUCAACAUCUUACAUGUAUCUCUGUCUCCAAAACCUGUGCUGUUUGAUCCCUGUAGCGAGGAGACAAAUUUGCACACACAAGAUCUGCCCCAAGGAGUCAUACUACUUUUUUUGUUCCUCCUAGUAAACAAGACAGGUUUUGCAGUGUUGUUUUUUUUUCUUUUGUUUGAUAGUGCCUCGUAUUAACUGGUUGUUAGUCAGUCUUACAAGCAAAUUGGCCAGAGAACUGGACAUUUUACUUAGCAGGACUUUGACCUGGUGAAGGAGAGUCAACUCUAAUUUGUGUUCUAUGUUGAAGAAGCUUGAGUUCAGUUCCUGCUCAGUGAUGAAGAGGUCCCAGACAAUCAUGCAUUCACUGCUCCUGCAAGAGUCUAAAGUCAAAAAAGAGUACAGAGGGAUUUUCAGCAUUCUGAGAGGAUUUGAGGAACAACAGAAAAUGCAGAGAAAACUUGUUACUUUUGCAAUUAAGCAAGAAUGUGAAUGUUUUAGAAUUCUCUCUUUUGUUUUUCCCCAGGUUUAUACUAUCAACUUGGAAUCUCGUUAUUUACUAAUACAAGGAGUUCCUGCAUUAGGUGUUAUGAAGGAAUUAGUGGAACAAUUUGCAUUAUAUGGUGCCAUUGAAGAGUACCAUGCUCUAGAUGAGUAUCCAGCAGAGCAAUUUACUGAAGUUUAUCUUAUAAAAUUCCAGAAACUGCAGUGUGCCAGGGUGGCCAAGAAAAAAAUGGACGAACGAAGUUUCUUUGGUAGUUUGCUGCACGUGUGCUAUGCUCCAGAAUUUGAAACAGUGCAAGAAACCAGGGAGAAGUUGCAGGAUAGAAGAAAGUACAUAGCAAAAGCAACAAAUCAGAGAGAUUGCUUUGUGUUAAAGAAAGUAGAGAGGCCAAACAAGACUGUCUCAAAGAACUCUGACUGUCUGUGGAGUACCCUGGGGUCAUGUCCCACUGGGAACUUGGAUCCAUCCUGCUUCACAAGUUGUCACGGGGUAUCCCAAAACACAGGGUAUCCAGCUGGGAAUCAUAAUCAGAGCUUGUUGACAUUUCCCCAGUUUGAUAACAAUUGUGCUGAAACUCCUGGGUAUUCUGGUCAAAACACACCCCGAACUCUCCAUGUGCAUCCGGGGGGACGUGCCCCACCAGCUCCCUCACUGCAGCAACCAGCAGUUCCCAUGGAUAACGGAGUCGGGCGGUUUGUGCCUCGGACAACUCGCCUGCAGGAACGCAAGAGGAAGAGAGAAGAAGACAACAAGUUUCCCCUCAUGGGAACAAGUGUGGACAAUACUGAGGUCAUUAUUGGGCCACAGCUACCUGAAAUACCUAAAGUGGAUAUGGAUGAUGAGUCACUGAAUACGUCAGCUACGUUAAUUAGAAAUAAAAUGAAAGAGGUAGCAGAUUCUGUCUCAAGAACAUCUGUGGAAAAGCCAGAGAGUAGCUCAGCCAAACCACUUGUAAAGCAGAGAAGAAGAAUAUAGAUCCUGCUGGCAGCAUCUUCUAACAGUCCGUUUUUUUUAAAGGAUAUAGUUUUAAAAUACUUUUUUUUUUUUAUGUAAAAAAAAAUAUUAUUUUAUAAUGUGUAUUUCCAAGCAUUUCCCUGUUAAUAAUUGUAUCAAUUUGUUCCUUGGAAUGAACAAACCAGUAUAAUGUUG